ACUUCACCCACCUCUCCGAGCUCAACAAUGUCCAAAUCAAAGUCAAAGGCGGAGGAGGCUCUCCAAUUCCUCGAUGACCUAGACAACUAUUCGCCAGAGGCGUCGGCUCAUGGAGGGAAUGCACCAGUAGCUGAUGCAGCUAACCCGAGUGACCCAGCUGACGUGCUCAAGUUCAUCGAUGAAAUAACGCAGAAGAGCUCAGAGCCGACGCGUACGACGCCUGCUCCACUUGAGAGGCCUGCAUCACGGGCGAGCCUUGCAACGCCUGGAGGAACGAUUCGGAAAGCGACGGAGCGAGUGAGGGUUGGCUCUCCUGCGCCGUCUUCUGCUGGCUCGAAUGCAUCUGCUGCGCCGCCCAGGGCUGACGCGUCUCCUCGUGCCCCUACACCUGCAAAAUCAGAUGCAGCUGCCACUGAUGCGGAUGCGGGGUCCGCGAGUAAAGGUGGAUGGGGAUGGGGGAGCGUGUGGUCUAGUGCGAGUGCCGCGCUGCAACAAGCUCGAAGCGCUGUGGACGAGAGUGUAAAACACAUACCAAUUAACGAACAAGCGGCGAAAUGGAGAGAAGAAGUCAUGAAUAGGGUUCCUUUAAAUAAGGAACAGCUCGAGAAGCUUGGGAAUGACCUGCGGACGGUUGGCUACUCGACGUUGACUGACAUCUUGAAUGCUGUUGCGCCUCCGAUCUCUGAGCAUGAGGUCAUUCAGAUUUGGUCCAGUCAUGAUAUGGAAGGUUUUGAGGGUAUUGAAUCGUUAGUUUACAAGGCUUUGGCAAGGGUUAUGGAACAAGUCGAGGGUGGUGACCUAAUAGUCAACAAGGGGAAAGAAUCAAACCCGAGGGAGUCGGGUUCCAAACGCAACAUGAAUGCUGUAGAAGGUCUUGAGACUGCACUUCGGCUUGCGGAGGCUAAUAUCGAAGAGCUUGUCAAGUCUAACCCUCAGAAUGAGAAGAAACCGCAACCAUCUGGCACAGUUCCGACUACAUACUCCUCAGUCUACUUGCGGAUACAACCUUUCCUCUCUACUCUACCUCUCCCCGGCGGAAAGCCAUCUUCACCCAAGUCAUCCACAGAGCCGACCCAUCUUCAAUUUUUACUUUAUUUAUCCGAUCCAGAACACCAGUUGACAUUGUCGACCGUGACGCAAGCGUCACCUGCGAAAUGGUUGGAUCAUUGGGAGAAUCAGGAUUGGGUUGAGGAUGUUACGGCUGAGAUACUGAAGACGGGCGUUGAGACGAUAGGGCAAGAGUACAUCGUAGCGAGGAUGGGAUGGUUGAAGGAAGAUGCGGUAUCUGUGACCCCGGAGAAACAGGAGGAAACGAAAUGACGCUUUGUCGUGUUGCUAAUUUGCUUGUACUUGUUCAUAGUGUUUUAUCUGGACUGUCUUUCCAUAUGUAUUAUUUUGCUACGAGACGUAUAUCCC